ACUUCCUGGCAGGCACAUUUAACAAGGGUUUCCAAAAAGCUUUAAAUUUAUACUAAAAUACUAGCGACAGUGCAUUCCCAACAUGUCAAAAAUACAAUUGCUCAAUGUGUUUCUGCGUGAGCGAUUGAUAGCGGCUGCUGUAGAGAUAUUUGGAGUAGUUGAAAAUACGAUAGUAGAGUAUCAAGAAGAAAUCUCCCGUUCGAAGGAGGAGAGCAAACGGUUACAGAAGCUGUUAGAUUUGGUCGUUAAACCACAAAUCAAGUUACAUAGAGCAGAACCUAGGCAGCAUGUCUCAGAAGAAGAGGAGAUGAGGGGCCUCAGUCUGCGGCAAGAAAGUUCAGAGCCCGCACAAAGUACAGUGGAACAGGACUUCAGGACGAGACUGGUAGAAGAGCAAUUGCAAGGGCCUGAGUCUCAUAGUCAUAACAUAGAGUUUGUGUUCACUCCUCCUUGUGUGAAAAGUGGGUUUGACCAGGACCCUUGGCCCUCGCACCUUUUUAAAACCCAGAUUGUGGAGGACAAUGAGAUUAAUAAUCUGUCGAGUACCCUAGUGGAACAUAUGAAAACAGAACCUGAUGGAGAGGGCUACGGAGUACCAACGAGUGACCCACAGUUCCUGGUUGCAGUAAACGCACACUGUUCUGCAGCUCCGAGUGAAAACAUGACCCCUCUGCCACGGAAAACAAAGAGAGGGCGACCGUUUAGGCAUAUAGGAACACUGUCUGAAUUUAUGAAGAGACGCGCCUCAUACGAACGAUUUCGAUGCCAUGUCUGUGGAAAGGGGUUCCCAGCAAGGAAGGGUCUGGGAGACCACAUGACGACUCAUACAGGGGAGAGACCACACAGCUGUCACCUUUGUGGGAAAGGUUUCAAAGUGAAGAGUCAUCUGAACGAGCAUAUCCGAGUUCACACAGGAGAGAAACCGUUUGUCUGCCCAGUCUGCGGGAAAGCGUUCAGGCAGGACGCUCAUAUGAAAGGACAUUUGAGGAGGACUCACAAGGAGAACCCGUACCGAUGCCAUGACUGUGGCGAAAGCUUCAGUCAGAUGGGAGAGCUGCAAGUGCAUAGGACAGUGGCCUGUGGUCCGAUUGUCCUGGGCCUUUGACGUUACUGUCCUUUCCCUGAUGCCUUUGGUGACACAGACGUUUUAGUCUGGCAGUCAUGAUAAGGACAAUUGAAUUGUGUUAUUGAAGGAAAAAAGGAAGCAUAAUCUGUCCACAGAGUAAGAAAAGUUUGAGGGCGAAGCUCCUAUCUUUGCCAAAAUUCAUAAAUGGGAGGGUAUUUCUAGAAAGCAUGUAGCCUAUGUGGUUGGUUGUCUGUACAGUGUUGUGAAAAAGUAUUUGCCCCAUUUCCAAUUUUCUCUACUUAUACAUAUUUUGGAUACUGAAUGUUAUCAGAUCUUCAACCAAAAUCUGAUAUUAGAUGACAGGAACCUGAUUGAACAAUUUUAUAUAUACAAAAGUAUGUGAGUGAAUUCGGCUAUUUCAGCCACACCUGUUGCUGACAGGUUAAUAAAAAUCCCGUACUGAAGAGCCCAGUGACUUUCAACGUGGCACCGUCAUAGCUGCCCUGUAAGUGCUGUUCUUGUGAAGUGGGAACGGAGCAACAAUGGCUCAGCCGCGAAGUGGUAGGCCACACAAGCUCACAGAACGGGCCCGCCGAGUGCUGAAGUGUGUAAAAAUCGUCUGUC